AUUGGACUGGCUUUCCAGUCUGUAACGGUCAGUCGGUAGUGUCGGAUCAGUGGAACGGAGAACACACACACGCGCGCGGGACGGGAUUAGUGGAGUUCUCUUCUUCUCUUCUCCUCUCUUCACCAUUCUACAAACAGCCAAACCCUCUACAGCUGUCUGUGUUCUAGUGUUUAACUGUGGUCUGUAAACAGCUAACGGACGCCUUUUUUGUGUGGUUUCGGAAAGGGAGGUUUAAACUGAUACUUAUCUUUUCUAUCGACGAACUAAGGCCAAAGCAAAGUGCUUACCAUUUCUAAUUAUUAUUUGUUCCAAUUAUUUUGCCUUUUCUUCUCCCUUCUCUGGUGUGUUCUGGUGUGUGGUGUUCAAGUGAACCAAAUACGAAACAAAUCACGGAUUACAAUACCAUCCUCUACCAAAGAUCAUCAUACUUUGAAGUAGUUUCAUCAAUAUAAGCAAGACCACUGGCUGCAAAAAGCGAACUACAAUUGAACAACAACGACGACGCCGACGCCAGCGUGUCUCCCAGCGGGCCAACGUGAACCGGAAAUAGCCGGUGCCGACGAUAUUUGCAGCACAAUCUAAAACAACCACACAAGGGCCGCGACAAAAUGAGCAAAUUCUAUUCGAUUUUUAUGCAAAUGUGUGUGAUCGCCGCAUCGAUGCAGACUGGCCUUUGCAUCAAAUGCUACAACUGUGACUCCACCAGCAACGAAGAGUGUAUGGAUCUGAAGCGCAACUCUGCCAUCGUCGCCGAGACGUGCACGCCGAGCAAGAUGGCCGCCACCACCGGUAACUGGCUGGCCGAUCUGACGCGCAUCGAGUACUUUGGCGGUACGGAAAUUACUGUCCCGAUGGUGUGCCAGAAAAUUGUCGCCUCCAACGAAAAUGGCGAUACGAUGACGUACCGGGGCUGCCAGCUGGACGGUGGCAAAACCGACCCAUGCCAGAUUGCGUACGGCAAGGCGAAGCUGCAGCGGGGCGUCAAGAUUGAAUCCUGCUCGAUCUGCAAGGACGACGCGUGCAACGGUGCAACCCGGCUGGCGAUGGGUCCCACGGUUUGGCUGCUCAUCGGGGGCAGCAGCCUACUCGCGCUGAUUGGAUUCACCUCCCGCCGGCAGUUCCUGUAAAACCUGCUCAUCCUCACCAUCUCUUGGAGUGUGUUCUCCAUCAAUCGUUUACAGCACUGUUCCUGCUAGAGCUGGAGUGCACCCAACCCACACUACACCAACCUGUACAUAUAUGGUAUCGAUUUACUUCGGAUCGAACUCAAACUGGCAUUAAUGCACGCGUGGAAUCUGCAUGGAACUUUUGAAUGUACUAAAUCGCCCCUGCGCCAUAUUAUGACGCUAUUUGUAAGGCAAAAAAUCACAACCACCACCACCAUGAUAAGAGUAAAGGAGAAAAAUGUUGCAAAACCACAAUCUGUCACCCUAAAAAUAGGCUCUCCACCCUUUCCCCGCUCGCUUAAUCGGCUCUAAAUUAACAACAGUUAUCAUCCAUGCCUUAGCCGAUGCCAGUGAGUCACACACCAAUUUGAACGGUUGCGCGGGCAAGUGGUCGGGCGUAAUCGCUUAUUAUGAUAAAAAAAAUGAGUCACAACAGUGCAGAGUUAGGUGCACGAUGUAGUAUGAUCGAUUUUUUUUUUUUGCUCUUUUUUGGGAGACACGCUAGUGAUUGAGUAGAUAAAGUUAUGAACAGCAUAACUCUGGCUACUGCCCGUACAGCAAACUAUAUGGCAGCCUGCUGAUAAACCUGAUGCGAAUAGAUAACGAAGGUGUGUGAGUGCCGGGGACACUCGGCAAGGGAAGCAAAAGGUUUGCUGUGCGCUGAUAAGGGUGGUCUAAGUUUAAGAUCUUUAAAUUGCGAUAAACGGAAAUAGAGAAAUAGAAUUCACACAUUAUUGAUAAUUAGAUGGGCAAGAAGAAAAGGGGAGAUAAACUAAAAUAAAGAACAACGUAGUAAACUAUUGGAAUAGAGCCCCCAUAAGGUGAAAUUCACGCAUAUGCCUUCAUUCGAUCAACCUAACACAAAAACAACCAAAACGAACAACAGCACAACUUGUUGGGAAGCUUAAGUUAAGAUUGUCACACAUUUUCGAAUAUAAGCUAAACAAUACAGACACAUUUGAGACCGUCGCUAGAGACCAUAUGCUAGCAACUACUCUUUGGCAAAUGCUUUAAAAAAAAUGUUGCUUUCAGCACAAGCAAACAAACAAUGUCAUGUUAUUAGAAAUUCUUAAAAUACUAAACACACAUACUAUCACCGUAAUAGUAAGAGGAAAAGUUCGUGAAUGCGCGAACGAGACAAAAACUAAAACGAAUGCAGAACAAUUUGCGCUGCAUUUUUUCCGUUUGUUGUUUGGCACAAUAAAUAUUAGACGUAAAAUUCUAGCAAGAACCGACCGCGAAGCUAGAACUAGGUUCUAUGAGUAAUAACGUACCCAAAACACGAAAGCACAAAGCAUUUAGCGCGGACCCGUGUGUUGUGUAGGUGUUUACUACCCCCCAAACGUUAGGCACCCGUAGGCACGAUCAUGAUCAUGGUAGUGUAGUAGAUGGUGGUAGUUGUCGUAAAUGGCGCCAAGGCGCUUCAACACCAGCCAAGAAGGCACACCAAAGAGUCUCAGUCUCAAGCAGCAGCAUGUAGCAUCACCAGAAUGAUAAGAAGUGGAGUUUGUGAUUUAUGUUUUAAAUAAUAAAAUAAAUGGUUAGUAAAAUGUUAUGUUUCAAAAUUUAACUAUAAUGAGGUUUUGUUUGCUCUACGUUUAUAAAAUUGUUCACAGAAAAGCAAUAAAACGCAUCUGUAAUGACGGGUCAGUGUUUUUGGAAGGAAAUAAAUGUUUUGUUUUUUGUUUUACCCCCAAUAUUAACACUAAUUAACGUACUAAUAUGCGUACAGAAAACUUUUCACGCAUCUGACCCACGAUUGCGUUUGUUAAUGUGUAUAUAAACUGGGUUUUUUUAAUUAAAUUUUCGUUUAAAAGCCAGAUGAAACGAUUUGCUUUGAAAUUAGUGUUGGCUUGUUUAAAAUUGAAUAUGAAACACACAAACAAACGACAUAAUAACGAGUAAAUGUAAUCGAAUUGGUAGAUUUUUUUAAAAACAACUCAAACAUACUAGCAGCAACCAACAUGGAUGAAUAUGCAAAUUUAGAAGAAACAUAAAAACAAAACAUUCAAAUAGAGUAGAGAAUCAAACAAACUUCAAAAACACACGAACAUCACAAGACAAGAAAAUGCACUGAAGAUAUGAAAAAAAUGUAAGGAAAUUUCAAUAAACACACCGAAUACCAUAAGAUUGGAGAAGAAAAUAAAUGAUCCUACCAACAACAAAAA